AUGAAUAUCUUUGACAGGGAGGAGAUUGUAAAAGCAAUCCAGACUGCUAAAAACAAGAAGAAUUUCAACGGCGAUUUGUGCCUGCGACGCCGAAGCACCCGUAUCGAAUACCAGUUUCCUGUCAAUGCAAGCCUGAGCACUCGGCUACGUCCUAUCGGACUGACCCAAACAAAUAGGCGCAAAUCUCAAGACAAAGGAGGCUAUUUCGGGAACAUGCCACGUAGAAAAGCUGGCGAAACUACACCUAUACAUGAGUUCGCUUACGAACACCACUGCAGAUAA